GAAAAAAUGAAGACUCAAAUACUGAUCGCAGUCAUCCUGACUGCAGCUGCUUGCUUCUUGACCGCCAAGGCAGAUGAAAGCAAAGAGAGUUCCAGUGAGAGCAAUGAGCAUUUCCUGAAAUACAAGAGAUCGGAACCGCACUAUCCCCAUGACCCUUAUAGCCCCCAUGAUCCCCAUGGGCCCUAUAGGCCCCGUUAUCCCCAUAGGCCCCAUACUCCCCAUAGGCCCCACAGACCAUCGCGCACCCACCCCACUACUAGACCAGAACUCUACCUUACUCCCCAUUCCAGAACCACCUCUGCUUCAGGAAUGAAAGCCAUCACCCCCCAAGCCGAUCCUGGGUUGGCCGUUGGCAGCACAAUGGCAACCAGCACAAGCACCUCUGCAGCUGGUGUCGCCCCAGUAGGUGGCACGACCCUCACAGCCACAACCACCCCUGCAGCCUCCUCCUCCGCUCCCGUGACCAGUACCACCACUGCGGCUGGCAUCACCACUCCUGCGGCUAGCUCCACUAGCUCUGCACCUGGUACCGGCCCCAGAGCAAAAGCCACUUCCCCGGUAGUUGGCAAGACCCGCGCCGUCCCUGCCGGCGCUGCGGGCCCCUCCUCUACAGCUGGCAUCACUGCCACUCGGGCUGCAACCAGCUUAAAACGUGUGGGCGGCUGAAAGUGCAAUUGGAUGAGAUCCUGCAAAAACCGCCUGCUGAUUUCCCACUCUCUGUCUUAGCUGACUGCUCUAAAAAUCGUAGCCAUCUCUAUGAGUUUGCAACCGUGGUAAAUCGGGGGCUGGCUUCUUAGUGGUGCACAGUUAUUAAAAGUGUAUUGUCCUAAGUUGACUCUUCUUCAAUAAAGGCUUUUAAAAGGAACUUGA